GAAGAAGAAGAAGAAGAAGAAGAUAUACCUACAUGACUAGCCUCCUUUCUGAAUGCUACUUCUCUAAUAAUACCUCUUGUCAAGGAUCGCUUUCAAGUUUCGAGACGUGCCUAGAGAAAAGGGUUGGUGGUAAGCGCAAAGAUGUUAGGAAUGGGCCUGAUACUACUCCGGAAUCCAUGAUCUCAUAUUUGAUUACAAAGCAGCUGGGAAACAAUUGGACUCAACCAAUAUCGAUGACAGAUUCGCCUUCAUUCGAUAACAUUCGGUGUAAGAAGCCAAUGGGUACUCUCCGCCAAUAAUCGGUCAAUGUAGAUAGAUGAUUGAUAAUGCCGACGAAAAGGUUAACUCUAUGUCUUCCCUAAGGUGCAUUUGUCAGCGCAUGGCACCGAAGCGCCGACUCCGUGAUAUUCAUACAGAUCCGAGUGGAUGCGGGAUGUGCAUUGCCGAGUAACCGCAAUCUAUCCGGAAAUCGCGCGAUCCUAUUUUAAAGAGGCGUAUACCUCACGCCUCCCUGGCAACAUCUACCGCCGUGCAACAUUGCUACAAACCACUACGCUCAUUUCCUUCAAUACACAGCAAAAAUUGUCUCUAUUUCCCCAUCAGAGUAUCUAGUCAAGAUGUCUCUUAAGCCUCUUAUCCUCCACGGCCAUUCUGCCGGCCCCAACCCCUGGAAGGUGGCCAUGCUCCUCAACGAACUCAAUGUUCCCUACGAAUACAAGUAUCUUCAAUUCGCAGAAAUCAAGGGUGAGGCCUUCUUCAAGCUCAACCCUAACGGCCGUGUUCCCGCCAUCGAGGACCCCAACACAGGAAUCACCCUGUGGGAGUCGGGUGCUAUCCUCGAAUAUCUGGUUGAAACCUACGACAAAGAGAAAAAGUUCAGUUUCGAAGCCGGCACACCGGAGUACUUCCACGCCAAGCAAUGGCUCCACUUCCAGAUGUCGGGCCAGGGCCCCUACUUCGGCCAGGCAGUGUGGUUCACUAAAUACCACCCCGAGAAGGUUGAAAGCGCCCGGCUGCGCUACGUCAACGAAAUCCGUCGUGUGUCGGAAACGAUGAACAAUGUUCUUGCGGACCGUGAGUAUUUGGUUGGCGACAAGUACAGUUAUGCCGACCUCUCCUUCGUUCCCUGGUUCGGCAUCAUUCCCUGGAUCACCGGAGAUGCAUUUGACCUGGAGAAGGACUUCCCUCAUCUGAAUGCAUGGCUGGAGAGAAUCCAGGCUAGGCCUGCCAUUGCCAAAGCGUUGGCAGAGAGGGCUGAGGCAACCUCGAAAAUGACGCACCCUUGAAGGGAGGGAGGUGAUCAGAGGAGCUAGCCGGAUCUGGCUCACAAGAAGGAAUGUGAAAUCUGUAUUCAGAAUUGCAUUGUAUAUUUAAUAAUUUGAUAGUAUCCAUGAUGUUAUGGUUCGUGAUCGAGACUUUCUGGGUAACAUAGUAUGUAAGUCCGGCGGACCAUUUCUGCCGAAGAAGAAGUACCUCAAGACCGUACAGAUGUAACACGACAACUUCUUUAUUUCAGUAAUUACCCGAGAGAAGGCAAUCGGUCAAAGUGACUGCAGAAC